AUGCGGCGUGCUGUCGCGCUGGAUGCGAUUGCCUUUAAGUGCAGGCAUUGGAGGCUUGAAGCUGUUUGGCGGGGAAGUCGGCUCUUUGUGCCUUUUUGUCCAGGUGGCCCGUCCGGACAGCCGGCACUUGGGCAGUGCAGGACAGGGCCCUCGGAAGCCGCGCCGGGAGCAGAGAGUGGUGUUCGACGCGAGGAGACGCCGAACCCGAAUGUCUGGAAGUUCGCGUCUGCGGCUCAGUGCUGCGUAGAGCGCUCGGCUGCUCGGACUGCUCUUUGCCUCUGCGGAGCUUCGAGGAGCUCCUCGUGCCGCGUUCCUCUCCGUGCGCGGCACGAGCUGCUGGACCUGCCCGGCGUGCGCGACGUCUUCGUCGGCGAGGGCAGCUCAUGGCUCGCAGUGACGCGGCAGCAGGGCGCCGACUGGAAGCAGUUGUCGGCACAAGUGCAGGAUCUCCUCCAUGCGCUGCCCGAGGAGAGCGCCGCCGCGGCAGACAGCGAUGCCGAGGGCCCUGCAGGCCCUGGCCGAGGCCCUGGCCCCCGUGGCCUCGGCCCCCGGGCGGCCGAGGAUUCAGCCGGGACGACGGACGCUCUCCUUGAGGAGGUGCUCCUGAACCGGAUCCGCCCCUCCGUUCAAGACGACGGAGGUGACGUGGAGCUGAAGGCUUGGCAUCCAGCCACUGGCGAGGUGGUCCUGCAGCUGAAGGGCGCCUGCCGUGGCUGCCCGCAGAGUGCAGUGACCUUGCAAGAAAGCAUCCUGAAGACCUUGAAGCACUUCAUACCCGAAGUGCGAAGCGUCCGCUCCGAGGAGGAUGCGGAGCCCGCGGACGCUUCAGAUCCUUUUGCCGACCUUCCGUGGUUGCACGUAGGGGAGCCGGCUGGCGGCGCGGUACGGGAGAUGGUUGCCAAGGGCACGCCCAUCUUUUCCACCUUCGCGGGCACGAAGGUUGAGGGUGCGAAGCUUCGGCGCAUCGGGUUCAUGUCGGAGAUUGUGUUGGCUGGACGCAAGCCCGAGCACAUCUUCGUCACAUGCCAGGACUGCAAGGCGAAGCGCACCAUUGAGGAUCCUCAGGAUUUGCUGAGAGCUGACAAAGGCAACACCACCGGCAAUGCUGCCGUGGCCAUCUGCCCCACAUGUUGUGUGGUCAUUUCUGCCUAG